AUGGCGACGCACACAACCACGAAGCUUUCUGUCUAUUUACAUCCUGAAUUCGGCUGGACUGCAGCCAACACAACCGCCCCUGUCUUUGGUCCCGGCUCCGUAUUGAGAGGUUCUGUACGUGUACAUCUACCAUCCAACCAACAACAACAGCCGGAUCAACUUCGUAUUGUGUUCCAUGCAUCUGAAACACUCACUGGCGUACCCAACGCCGACGCGUAUUCAGUCGAUGGUCGAUAUCGGCACGAGCAAUUCUUUGGAUCACAACGCAUCCUCUGGACAAGCAAAGACAAGCCAUUAGAAAAUGGCACGGAAUUAUCUUUCACGAUCCAACUACCUAUGGUCCAGUUUCCACCCUCCAUAGAAAUUGCCAACUUUUACGCGUGCAGGUUUCGUUUGUCAACUUUUCUCGAAGGCCCUACAAUCUGUAGCAGCAACAGCGAUAAUUAUGCUGCUGACAGUAGUAGUCGUCAUCGUCCCUUGAUCGCCAAAGCCCAAUGCCCGGUGGUCUAUGUUCCACAAAUCGAAACACGUGCCAGCAAAGAAGCCAGCAAUCAACAACAACAGACACGCCGGCCAUUCACCCUGGAAGCCGUCGACAAGCAACAGAGAAAUUUCAAACUGCAACUAGAUGCUUUGGAUUAUAUUGCAGGUGACACGAUUCAGCCGCUGAUCUAUCAGCCACCCGCGUAUCGCAUCAGUAUGAAGCUACUCCAAGUGUUCACCAUCCACGCGGGCAAACAAAAGACAUUUACUCGACCCAUCGCAGAAAGCACAAACACCCAGCUUUUGGAAAUACCAGAUGAAUCAAUCCCAUCAUUCACAUAUGGUCGCUUGGUCUCUGUCAGCUACAAGCUUCGUGUUUCGUUCCACAGCAGAGAGAUUGGUCUGUCAAGCCGGUUAUUACUACCGCUCAAGUCUUCAUCUUCGUCCGCAGUCGUGUCAUUCCCCGAUAUUCCGAUCCGCAUUGGAACCCUGGGUUAUGGUAUUCGAUCUUCGGACGAAUUACAAAUUUACACCGCUUUCCAGACCAUUUUCCGUCACAAGCAGCAAAAUACCAACAACAACAUGCCACCUUUACCAAUACCCAGAUACGUCUCAUCAGUCGGGUACAAGGAUACUUUACCGCUCUAUGAGAACUAUCAAUUACCAUCGUAUCAAGAACAACAACAGGGACAACAAGCAGCAACAAUAUAA